ACUAUGCGGUGUUCUGAGACAUGGUGAUUGCUUGCAGUGAUGAUUCAAUAACUAUACGUACAAAAGCUAUGGAUAGUGUUUUUGUCACAGAUGUAUUUUUAUAUAAUGAAUAAUCUAUUUCUCAUACUACCAUGUCACUUCAUGAUAAAUUAUUCUUAUGAGCUAUAACUGCAAAGAAGUAGGGCAGGAGAUCUGCUAUUAGAAAUGUUGCAAAUAAUUAUGUUUUUCUAAAACAAAUGAAUGUAAAUUUUUAUUUUACAUGCAGGUUUUCUAAAAUAUUAUAAAUAGCGAUACAAGCGUAUCCUAACAAUACGUAUACAUAAACAAUGUAUUGCUUACACGCCCUUUCGCCAAGUGUUUGUGUUUGUCGCCUACUGGGAUAUGACUAAUACCUUUGUUAGAUUCCCUUUACGCUUGUACAGUGCAAUGACACACCACUAACGUAAGAAAGGAUGAUGGUAUUUUCAAUAAGUUUUUAGACGGCGUUUUGCCUAUCGUUUAUAGUUUUGCGUGCAUCAAGUCACGAAAGUGGAGCUACAAUGGAAAACGCGACAAUUCCAGGAAAUCAAACUGUUUUGGUGACAUAUGAAGGACAGCGAGUUGCGGCUAUUGUGAUCGGAAGUUUCGCGAUGAUUUGGAGUGUCUACGUUUCUUCUAUGCUUUGCGUGUUUGAAGUAUACGUGUAUAAGAAAAAUGCCUCUAUUGGUACGAUACAACGCAGCAGGAGAAGGAGCCAGCAAGUUACAAAAGACAGUGCGGCAGAUUGGAUGAGAAGGUUAUGCCUAGCAGCCUCUUUGUUGCUUAUAAUUCGAAUUACCACAGAGUUUGUUGAGAUAAGGUACGGUGAAAUUUCUCACGAUGUUUGUCUACAUAUAAGAAAAUUCAAAUCCGUAGUGCAUUCGUUGGUAGUCACUUGUAUUUACCUUGUACUAUGGGUACGUCAGCGCGGUUUUUAUAAAAUGGCGGCUCUGGCACAACUUAGCAACCCUUUCGUGCGCAGCAUGAGUUUCUUCGUCGUUAUAAUUAUGGCAGUUACUAAUAUUUGUACCAUAGGCCUCUACUUGUCUACGAGAGCCUACAUGAGCUCUUUAAGGGGCUGUGUAGUUGAGUGGAGCAGUAUUUGGACGCUCAUACCCGGCCUUGUUCUGUUUAUUUCCACACUUUUGUUUCAAAUCAUACUCCUAGGAUUGCUGGUUAACCCAAUUCUGCAACACUUAAAAGCAAUCAGACAAACCGGAAUGGCUUCCACAAAAACAGGACCAAGCAAAGAAAUGGUCCUCAUUAAACGCGUGACCAUUGCCGCAGUUAUGGCAAUUGCCACUGACAUAAUCUGCGGAGGAAUAUCCGUAUUUUUAUUAAAGAAAAAAUACGGUGUUUUAAGACAUUUGGUUUACGACUUUGACAUGCUGAUUUCAUUGACUUGCGUUAUUGUAUCUUUUAACGACUGGAGGGACCGUUUGUUCCCUUUCCUUGUGACACCUGAUAAAGUGGUUGGAACAAUCCGGAGGCUGGAAGGGGCAAGCGACCACACUUCAGAGAACACGAACAUUGCAACAAUAUCCUAGCACUAUUUGAUGAACUAUAUACAGAUACACAGUCUGUAAAUACACAACGUUUCGACAUGAACCUUUUAUGUCAGCGCUUCCUAAACCGUAAAUAACCUCAACAGGAAGGACACAUAAAGAAAAAUAUUUGAGCAACGAUUGCGUUUUUUCUUUUUUGCUUUUGUUAGGUAACAGAUGCGCAUUAUCACGACUUGACAUUUUGACACAUAGGCUACAGCUACACGAUUAGAUUUCAGUUAAUUUUUUCUUUACUGAUCUAGGAGCCAACGCUCUAUGAAGCUCCACCUAAUUACCGUUCAUUAGUUACUUUUUUCGUUGGUGUUUCUGUUUAUAUAUGAGUC